AAUGUGCACUGCUCCUUUAAGAGAUCAAAGCCACGGUUUUAUAUCCUUGGAGAUGUUUUCUAUACUUCCGGGUAGCAUCCAUUCAAACUUCAUGUUUUAUUUCAUUUUUACUGCUGGUAGAAAAAUGACUUGUACUUGAAAAGUGUUCCUCGGAGUCACCGGCAGGUGGCAGCAGCGCCUCCUCUCAGCUGCCAGGAAGUCUGAACCAGACUCGGCUUUUCUCCCAGUAAACCGGAUCGUUUCCCAGUUUUCCUCCUGUUAACAGAGUCGAAAGGCGGCGAGAAGCGGGUACAGCUCACCGGGAUGGAAGAGUAUCAGAACGGCAGCGAGGGUUCAUUCAACUCGGAGGAGGCGGAGAACGUCGUCAAAGAGGGCAUCGAGAGCGCUGGAGGAGACGACUACAGCCAGACUCAUGUGAACAAAUGGACGGCCGCCGUGGUGGAGCGCUGCCUCACGCAGCUCGUCAAGCUCAACAAGCCCUACAAAUACAUCGUGACGUGUUCGGUGAUGCAGAAGACCGGCGCCGGCCUCCACACAGCCAACUCCUGCUACUGGGACACCAGUAUGGACGGCAGCUGCACCGUGCGGUGGGAGAACCGCACCAUGUACUGCGUGGUGAGCGUGUUCGCCGUCUGCAUCACCUAGGAGCAGCGGGGCUGCUGGCUGCCGGCAGGGGGCGGCAGAGAGCUUCAGGUUUAAACUGCUGCAGCGCUGCUGGCUGCCGGCAGGGGGCGGCAGAGAGCUUCAGGUUUAAACUGCUGCAGCGCUGCUGGCUGCCGGCAGGGGGCGGCAGAGAGCUUCAGGUUUAAACUGCUGCUGGCUGCCGGCAGGGGGCGGCAGAGGACGGUUUUGUAUCAGAGCUGCUGCACAAUAAACAGUUUCUGGACCAAACUUGAUGGUUUAUGUUGAAUCUUUUUAUUCGUUUCGGUGUGACGGUUGGUGUCUAAACGUUUCCAUAGCAACGCCUCAUCCCGUUGGGGUCACAUGACCACUUCACUGGAUGCCUGUUUAUUUUAGGAUCCGUUUUUAAAUUCUUAUGUUUGUUUUUAAAUCGCUGCACAAUCUAACCCCGGCUUACCUCACUGAGCUUCUUCACCUCUACAUACCUGAUGGAUCUCAGGUCUGCAGAUCAGUUGCUCCUGGAGGAGCUCAGAGGGGACGCUCUGUCCCUCAGAGCGUCUAGAGGGGACGCUCUGAGGGGACAGAGCUUUCUCUGUCGGGUCCUAAGUUAUGGAUGACCUGCAGGUCAGAGGUCCCUUCACUGUCCACUUUUAAAGCUCGUCUUAAAACCCUUUUAUUUCACUUGGCCUUCAACUCCAGUGAGAUCUAGUUUCAUAUUGUUUGUUUGUUUUAAACUGUAUUUGUUUUGAUCUAUUUUCUGUGCAGCACUUUGUUUCUGCUGUGGUUGUUUCAAAGUGCUUUAUAAAUAAAGUUGGUAUUGAUA